UGCGCGGGAGGCGGCCGUUCUAGGCCGCGGGAGGCCGCAGAGGGCGUCUCGCUGCUCGCACGGAGAGCCAUGGGGUCGCUGCGGAAGGCGCUGAUCGUAGUGGCCAUGCUGGGCGCCGGGGCUGGCGUGGGCUCCGCACUCUUUGCUCUCGUGACCCCGGGAGAGCUGCAGAAGCAGGCGAUGCUGAAGGACAUACCGGAGCAGGACCCGCGGCGCAGGGAUGAGGCGGCCAGGACCCAGCAGCUAAUAAUGGCCACUCUGCAGGAGUCCGUGGCCACGCAGGAGAACGUGGCCUGGAGGAAGAACUGGAUGGUCAGCGGUAGUGGGAGGUCAACGUGAGACCGUAUCCCCUCCACGGGCGCUGGGACGUUGGCUUGAGGCCACCUUUCCCUCGAUGCGCCCAGCGGGGCGUCGGGACCCUGGAUGUUGUUCCCAAGAGUCCCCCUCCCCAUUCUCCCCAGGCAUGGGAAGCUGCCCCUUGGGUGAGCACAUUCCCCCAAAUCCUGUCCCGAUUGCUUUCAAGUCCACGUCCGGGCUGAGGCCAGCGUGCGGGGAUCGAAUGUGAGGAACUGAAGGAAGCCAUAAAUCUGACCCUCCAUGCAGACAGCCCUGCAGUCACCCCGACGGGGGUUUGGGGCUCCCCGGGAGUGGAGGCUGAAGCUGCAUGGACUUAGCGGCCACUUUCAGCGCGACCUCAGGUCAUGUGACCCCGAGGUUGAGCCUUCCACCCUGGGUAACCAAGCACAGAACCGGUCUGGGAAAUCUUGUGGCGAUGGAUGCCUGUUGACCUGUCCCUUGAGAUGAGAAAGGGGUCGCGUGGCUCCUGGACCACUUGAGCGAAGGAAAGGCGCUGAGUCCAUCAGAUCUUGGUUCCAUGCCUGCACCGUGGCACAGCCUGCGAUGUAACUGCCCUAACGUUGUCGUAAAUAAUUUAGAAAUGUAAAAUGCAGUGCCUGGCACAGAACAGCCUCUCAGUAAAUGUAACAGGGAUACUUUUA